AGACAAAGAGCGCGCAGGCACCGCCUCCGUCCGGGCGGCCCCUUUAAGAAGCGCGCGCCAGCUUCCAGCCCGCCUUGUAUGCAAAUGUAGCGGCGCGGCGGGAGCGCGCGGCUGAUACCCGGGACUGGGCUGCGGCGGUUAGUCCUCUCCCGGCCGCCGUCGCCUCCGACAUAUUGCCCGCAGGAGCUGCGGCGGCGAAGCGGAGAGCACCGGGGGGAGGAGAUGGGAGGACGAAGAGGUCCCAACAGGACAUCUUACUGUCGAAAUCCGCUCUGUGAGCCAGGAUCCUCGGGGGGCUCUGGUGGAAGCCACACUUCCAGCGCAUCGGUGACCAGUGUUCGUUCCCGCACCAGGAGCAGUUCUGGAACAGGCCUCUCCAGCCCUCCUCUGGCCACCCAAACUGUUGUGCCUCUACAGCACUGCAAGAUCCCCGAGCUGCCAGUCCAGGCCAGCAUUCUGUUUGAGUUGCAGCUCUUCUUCUGCCAGCUCAUAGCACUCUUUGUUCACUACAUCAACAUCUACAAGACAGUGUGGUGGUAUCCACCUUCCCACCCACCCUCCCACACCUCCCUGAACUUCCAUCUGAUCGACUUCAACUUGCUGAUGGUGACCACCAUUGUUCUGGGCCGCCGCUUCAUUGGGUCCAUCGUGAAGGAGGCUUCUCAGAGGGGGAAGGUCUCCCUCUUUCGCUCCAUCCUGCUGUUCCUCACUCGCUUCACCGUUCUCACGGCAACAGGCUGGAGUCUGUGCCGAUCCCUCAUCCACCUCUUCAGGACCUACUCCUUCCUGAACCUCCUGUUCCUCUGCUAUCCAGACAAGGGUUUCGCCAUCUUGCCCAGGCUGGUCUUGAUCUCAUGGCUGAAGCAGUUUCUCUACCUCUGCCUCCCAAGGUGCUGGGAUUACAGGUUUGGGAUGUACAUUCCGUUCCUGCAGCUGAAUUGCGACCUCCGCAAGACAAGCCUCUUCAACCACAUGGCCUCCGUGGGGCCCCGGGAGGCGGUCAGCGGCCUGGCGAAGAGCCGGGACUACCUCCUGACACUGCGAGAGACGUGGAAGCAGCACACAAGACAGUUGUAUGGCCCGGACGCCAUGCCCACCCAUGCCUGCUGCCUGUCGCCCAGCCUCAUCCGCAGCGAGGUGGAGUUCCUCAAGAUGGACUUCAACUGGCGCAUGAAGGAAGUGCUCGUCAGCUCCAUGCUGAGUGCCUACUAUGUGGCCUUUGUGCCUGUCUGGUUCGUGAAGAACACACAUUACUAUGACAAGCGCUGGUCCUGUGAACUCUUCCUGCUGGUGUCCAUCAGCACCUCCGUGAUCCUCAUGCAGCACCUGCUGCCUGCCAGCUACUGUGACCUGCUGCACAAGGCCGCCGCCCAUCUGGGCUGUUGGCAGAAGGUGGACCCAGCGCUGUGCUCCAACGUGCUGCAGCACCCGUGGACUGAAGAAUGCAUGUGGCCGCAGGGCGUGCUGGUGAAGCACAGCAAGAACGUCUACAAAGCCGUAGGCCACUACAACGUGGCUAUCCCCUCUGACGUCUCCCACUUCCGCUUCCAUUUCUUUUUCAGCAAACCCCUGCGGAUCCUCAACAUCCUCCUGCUGCUGGAGGGCGCUGUCAUUGUCUACCAGCUGUACUCCCUAAUGUCCUCUGAAAAGUGGCACCAGACCAUCUCGCUGGCUCUCAUCCUCUUCAGCAACUACUAUGCCUUCUUCAAGCUGCUCCGGGACCGCUUGGUACUGGGCAAGGCCUACUCAUACUCUGCUAGCCCCCAGAGAGACCUGGACCACCGUUUCUCCUGAGCCCUGGGGUGACCUCAGGGACAGCGUCCAGGCUUCAGCCAGGGGCUCCCUGGCAAGGGGCUGUUGGGUAGGAGUUGGGGGGGGAACAAAAGACAAAAAAAUCCACCAGAGCUUUGUAUUUUUGUUACGUACUGUUUCUUUGAUAAUUGAUGUGAUAAGGAAAAAAGUCCUAUUUUUAUACUCCCAA